AGCGCGCAGCUCCCAGUUGAUUGCAAAUUUGUUAACAACUGAUAAUGUCCACUUUUGCCGUUCAAAGUUUGAACUUCAAACCAUGCAAAUCCGGCAAUAGACAUUAUCGCCGAUAAGAACCUCAAUUAUUAAGUAGUAUGUGCUACAUUUACGGUACUUAAUAGCCACAGUUCGAUAACAGACGCAGUCAUAGUUACGCUCGCCAGAUCGCGCCGUCAUGAAUUUCCUGCUGCGUUUCAUCGUUUUCUGCUUUGACCCGCUUGGGUUGGGCCGCCGCUUUAUUGUGCGCCCGGCCGUAAAUCUAACGCUCAAUGUCUACGAUCGAUUUCGCAGCAAAGCCGAUGAGAAAGUGGACACCAUACGGGAGCUGGUGCUGCGCCUGGGACUGAUCGCCUUUGCCGUUGUGCUGAUCAUUUGGCUAGCCGUGUUCUUCUAUGCCGCCUUCUACUAUGUCUACAUGCCGCCGAUAUCGCAUACGCGACCCGUGCACAUGCAGUUCAAAACCUGCCUGGAGACCAGCACACCCUGCACCUUUCCCCAUGCCCAUGUGUCGCUGACUAAGAAACAACAACUGUUGAUGGUGGGUCAAGCGUACAAGGUCAUUGUCAACAUUGAUAUGCCGGAAUCGCCGCAGAACCUGGAGCUGGGCAUGUUUAUGGUCUGUGCUGAGAUGCGCGACUAUGAUUCCAUGCUGCGUGGUCACUCGUGCCGAUCGGCCAUGAUGCGCUAUCGCUCGCCGUUGAUACGAAUGAUAUCCACAUGGGCACUGAGUCCGCUCUAUGUGCUGGGCUGGAAGGAGGAGUUCCAGAAGGUGCCGGUCGAAAUAUUUUCACGUUAUUUGGAGGAGCGUCAGCAUCCCAUAACCGAUGUUUAUGUAGAGAUACAAUCGCAGAAGAUACAAUUCUAUACGGUUACGUUGCACAUUGAGGCGGAUUUUACUGGUCUGCGGUACAUCAUGUUCAACUGGCCCAUUCUUUCGGCCAUCGUGGCCAUUAGCACCAAUCUAUUCUUUAUAUUGGUCGUCUUUCUGCUUAGCUGGUACCACUGGUCCGAUGCCACCUGGCUGCACAAUUUGCAAAUCAGAUACGCACGGCUCACGAACCAGCUGCAAAAGAAAGCCAGCAGUGUGAUCCUCUCCAGCUCGAGCAGUUUACGCGACGAGGACGAGCUGAGUUUCCUGGAUGAGAAGUACGAAAUUGCUGAGGUUGGGGCGAACAUUGAAGAUCUACAGCUAGAUAAGGCUAGCGAUAAGACACCGGAGAGCCUAGAGGCCCAGACGCCGCGUCAACGCAAAGUUAAGGAGCAGGCCCAAUGAGCUAUCCAAGCUAUCCAAGCAU